AUGAUGACCAGUAUGAGCAUGGGACCUUCGUUCUCGCCGCACCCCGGCGCCAUGCAACACCCGCCUGGUGUCCCACAAGGCCACCCGGGCAUGGCUCCCGGCAUGGCUCAUAAUCCCAGUCAGCCCGGCGUCCAGCCCGGAGGUAUGCCGCACCAGAUGCAUAUGGGUGUAUCCGGCCCGGGCCCUCAGGUUAACCCUGCCGCCCUGAUGGGUGGUGUGGGAAUGCCUCCGGGUGCUGGACCAAAUCCUCACAUGCAGCAAUUAUCACAGCAGCAAAUGUUUCAACACCAACAGCAGCAGCAGAUGAACAACAUGGCGGCCUACGCGAACAACCCAGCAGCGUUACAACAUCUGCAAGCACAAAGGAUGAAUCAACACCUACAACAACAGCAGGCCAGGCAGAUGCUCAUGGCACAGCAAAGCGUGUAUGGUGGAUUAAAUCCCCAGCAGCUCCAGCAAAUGCAGCAAAUGCAGCAGAUGCAACACUUGAACCCGGCCCAAAUCCAACAAAUGCAGAGGCUGCGCCAGCAAAACCCCGCUGCGGCAGCUGCACAACAGCAAGCAUUAAUAGCUCAACAGAUGGCCCUCCAGCAGCACCAGCAGCAGCAACAUGCUCAGAAUCAGGGUCAUCUCGGGAACGCACCGCAUCCUAACCCGGCAGCUCUUGCUGCUAUGCAACAGGCUCACGCACAAGCCCAGGCUCACGCCCAAGCUCAGGCUCAACAGGCCCAGCAACAGGCCCAGCAGCAACAGGCCCAGCAGCAGCAGGCUCAACAACAACAGCAGCAGCAGCAGCAGCAGCAGCAGGCUCAGCAACAACAACAGCAGCAGCAGCAGCAGCAGCAGGCUCAGCAGCAACAGGCCCAGCAGCAGCAGCAGCAGCAACAACAAGCCCAGCAACAACAGCAGCAGCCUCCCCAAGCUCAGCAGCAGCAGCAACCGCCCCAGCAAGGGCCGCAACCACCACAGCAGCAACCCCAAGCGCAACCCGCGCAAACACAGGGUCCGCAACAGCCUCCGACGACACAAGCACCGCAGGGCCAGCCCGGCCCCGGUCCAAAUGCGCCACCUGGUCAGCCACAAAACCAGGGCCAAGGCCCCCAGCAACCCAACGCCCAAGCGCAGCAAGCAGCCAUGCCGCAGCCUGCCGGGCCUGGUGGCCAGCCCCCGCAGGCCCUUUUGGCUGCUCAGCAGCACGCUUUUGCCAACAGCGCACUUUUGCAGAAGAGGGAAAACAUGAAGGGGCACUGCUUGCUCAAGCUGCUGCAGUUCUGUGAGCACCUGAGCGGGUUUCAGGGAGGCAAGGAUCCGACCGAUCUGUCAUACUGGAACGAGUUUGUGCAUAGAUUUUUCUCGCCUCGGGCUGUAUUCAGGUUUAUCGUGCACGAAUACGGCGACGACGGAGUAGCUGCAGACAAGCCCUACGAACUUGGCUUCCCCAUACUUGCCAGGUACUUCAACUCAUAUUUCCAGGGUGGCGCCACAAACAUUCAGUUGGUGCUGGACAAGGGCACGACGGAUAAACCCCUGACGGGCGACUCGCACUUUAUCGAGAACACCAAAGCCAGCAUGCACUUUUGGUAUCCCGGGAACCUCAUGGUGAUGGCUAGCGGGACACUACGUGCGCACUUUGACGGGGAGCAGAAGAUCGAGCUCCUCGAGUUCCAACAAAACCACUACGAGGAGUUCCUUCCCAGGAGUCUGGUUCUUCAGGGUGCCAAACCGACCCAUACCUGGAUCAAGGACUGGAAACAGGCCAACAAUCCAGAUGCAAAAUCAUCGCCAGAAAUGAGCAAAAAGGCCAAGCAGCGGCAGUUCAAGUCGCCACAGAGCGUACCACCGGAUUUGGUUCUCCCCGAUGCACUUGUUAACAAGAACGGACUUUCAGCCGCUGUCCAAAACUUCCUCGAGAUAUCAGAAAUAUUGUCGCACAUGAACCCUCUUUUCGCCCACGCACAUAUGCACCCUAACCUAGGCCCAUACGCAGCCCUCAACUCUUAUAUUCAGACGGUCAGCGGGCAAGGCGACAAUGCGGGCGUAAUGAACGGUCAGCAGAUGCCCCAGGGGGCAGGCGGCCAACCACGUACGCCAAGCUACGGCCAAUUCCCUAUGGGCGCCAGCCCGCAUGCUGCUAACCUCCAGCUGCCGGGUUCUCCGCACAUUGGCAGCCCAGCCAUGGCGCAGCAGAUGGUGCCGCAGCAGAGCCAACAGGGCACGAGCUCUAGCGGCCCUUCGGCCAACACGUCACCUGCAGGCACCAAGAGGCGGCGACCGUCUGGCGUCAAGACGGAAGACGAUGGCACCCCGGUUUCAGCACCGACUCCUGGGUCCGGGCCCCUUGUGAAUGGAAUCCAAGCUGGCAAGGGCAAACCACCGACGCCCAGGAUGCAGAAAAGGCUGAAGACCGGACCCCAAGCUCCGUCAUGA